CGUAAGCUUCUUUAAAGAUUUCAGCGCAACUUCUUGAAACCGAAAUAACGUGGCCCAAUAAAAGAGAAAGUGUUGGCCGGAGAGUGCAGGAGGCGAGUGCCCCUAGCAUUGCUCGAAAAGAAUAGGAUUCAACAAGCAUAUCAUUUCUCCGAGGAAAGUGUUGGCUGGAAUCCCGCUAAACGAGCCCAUUCCAAUGGCGAAUUUUGACAUCUGCAAUUGGAGGCGUAUUGGCCGGCACAGUUCCUUCCUGGUCUGAACUGAACUUUUGCAAAUUAACUUGUAAAAAUCGGCGCCCCUCACGUGUCCGUAAGCGAAUCUUCUGUCAACCUUCCCACUCCUUUCUUAUGUAGUUAAUACGUUGACUUCUGCCGAAUCUUCUGUGGGCACAUUCUGAUUCCAUAACAAUUGCACCGUUAAAUUGGUGCUUCUCCAUCUCUCUACAUAUCCUUUUCUCCCUGAUAUUUAUUGACUGGGAUGGAAGCAUCAUCGUUGGUUUUCUGGACAAUACUAUUGAUCUUUGCAAUACUUAAAGUGGCAAGGUCACAUGGAGACCAGCAUCAGCCUCUUUCCAGAAUUGCUAUUCAUAAAGCAACAUUUUCUGUUGAUAGCAAUGCUUACAUUAAAGCCUCUCCUGCAGUUCUUGGAUUGAAUGGGCAAACUUCUGGCUGGGUUAAAGUGGAGUAUGGUUUGCCAAACCCAUCUGAUGAUGAUUGGGUUGGAGUAUUUUCUCCUGCUAAUUUCAGUGCUUCAACCUGCCUUGCAGACAAUCCGAGAGUUUAUCCUCCAUUAUUGUGCACUGCACCUAUUAAGUAUCAAUAUGCAAAUUACACAAGUCCUGAGUACGAAAGUACUGGGAAAGGGUCCUUGAAGCUUCAGUUGAUUAAUCAGAGAUCGGAUUUUUCUUUCGCACUUUUCUCGGGUGGUCUUUUAAACCCAAAGCUGGUGGCAGUUUCAAACGAAGUAGCUUUCACCAAUCCAAAUGUGCCCGUUUAUCCACGCUUAGCACAAGGGAAAGAAUGGAAUGAGAUGACCAUAACAUGGACUAGCGGAUAUGGGAUUGAUGAAGCCGAACCUUUUGUAGAAUGGGGUCCAAAAGGACAAAAUAAUAAACGUUCCCCAGCAGGUACUCUGACUUUUGGGCGUGAGAGCAUGUGUGAUGCACCAGCUAGGACAGUGGGAUGGCGUGAUCCUGGAUAUAUACAUACUGCCUUCUUGAAAGGAUUGUGGCCCAAUAGAUUGUACAACUACAAACUAGGGCACAGAUUGUUUAAUGGUACAUAUAUUUGGAGCCAAGAGUACCAGUUUAAAGCAUCCCCUUAUCCUGGUCAAAACUCUCUUCAACGUGUGGUCAUUUUUGGGGAUAUGGGAAAGGAUGAAGCUGAUGGAUCUAAUGAAUAUAAUAAUUUCCAGUGUGGCUCUCUUAACACCACUAACCAGCUUGUUAAUGAUUUGAAGAAUAUUGAUAUAGUAUUCCACAUCGGAGAUAUAUGUUAUGCAAAUGGAUACCUUUCACAGUGGGACCAAUUUACCGCUCAGAUAGAGCCAAUUGCAUCAACUGUGCCCUACAUGAUCGCAAGUGGUAAUCAUGAGCGAGACUGGCCAGGAACUGGAUCCUUCUAUGAGAACAUGGAUUCUGGAGGAGAAUGUGGGGUGUUGGCUGAAACCAUGUUUUUUGUCCCGACUGAAAACAGGGCUAAAUUCUGGUACUCCACUGAUUAUGGCAUGUUCCGGUUCUGCAUAGCUGACACAGAGCAUGAUUGGAGAGAGGGCACAGAACAGUAUAAGUUCAUUGAGCAUUGCCUAUCAUCAGUUGAUAGACAAAAGCAACCCUGGCUGAUCUUUCUUGCACAUCGGGUACUUGGUUAUUCUUCUGGUAUUUCUUAUGCAGUAGAAGGAUCAUUUGGCGAACCAAUGGGGAGGGAAAGCCUUCAAAAGCUCUGGCAAAAGUACAAGGUUGACAUUGCCAUCUACGGCCAUGUGCAUAAUUAUGAGAGGACAUGUCCCAUAUACCAGAAUAUUUGCACCAAUGAAGAGAAGCAGUUUUAUAAAGGCACUUUGAAUGGCACAAUACAUGUUGUUGCUGGCGGGGGAGGUGCAAGCCUUUCAGACUUCACCACCCUGCAGACCACAUGGAGUUUAUAUAAAGACUACGAUUAUGGAUUUGUAAAACUCAUCGCAUUUGACCACUCAAACCUCCUAUUUGAAUACAAGAAGAGCAGAGAUGGAAAAGUUUACGACUCUUUCCGAAUAUCUCGGGAUUAUAGGGACAUCUUGGCUUGCACCGUGGAUGGUUGCCCAAGUACCACACUCGCAUCAUAAUUAGUUGUGGGUGUACCAAAAAAAUAAUCAUAAUUAGGUGAGGGUGCACCAAAAAAAUAAUCAUAAUUAGGUGUGGAAGGAAAUUCUUUGUUAACAGUUUCCUUGUUUGUGUCAUUUGGAUUAAUGUUUUAUUUGGCAGCCCGUGCUUUUGCAUUGAUUAUCCCUCGAAAUAAUACUUGUACGCGUUCUGAAAACCGAAACAGAAUUCAAUUGCACGCUAUAAACAAUGUUAUCAAAAUCAAGGGCGUGGUGCUGUGGUUAUGCCGCUGGAACUUUGUUACAGCCAGACAAUUUGAUUUUCAUUUUAUUGGUUUAUAAUUUUUUUAACAAAUAGUUAUAAUAUCU